AUGGUGUUCUACUGGACGAAGCUCGCCACUCCCGAGCUCAUUCAGGAAACGAAAAAAAAGUCGUCCAACUCAGCGUUUUACCUUCUCAAACACGUCGCGCAACAUUGGGUGAACCAGCUGGAACUCAUGAACACCACCAUCGCCAGAGCUGAAUGGUUCUCCGAUGACUACCAAGCCCAGAUUGACGACAACUUGAGUAGGCAGAAAUGGAAAAAUGACCUACUCAAGAUCAACGAAAUCGCCAAGGAUAUCAACUACAUGCGCCGACAUUUAAACCACUUUUGGCGCGCCAUGUACCUGAAUCUCGAACGCCUGGGGGUCCAACUAGGUUCCGAGAGCGUCGAUAGAGACGCGUCCCUAGCACUACAAGGUGCACAAAAGGACUUUCUCACCAUUCACACAAGGAUGCAACCUUUGCGCGAUCGCGCGGAGGCCUUGAACUCCGUCUCAAACGAUCUCGCCAACCUGCGCGCGGCAUUCAGAGGCGUCUCAGAUGGCGAAUUCAGCCUGCGUCUUAGUUUGUUCGCCUCUGUUGUCUUUCCGCUCACAUUGCUCGCGGGCAUCUUUAGCAUGGGCGAUGAUUUCCGGCCUGGAAAACCGCAGUUCUAUAAGCUCUGGGCCAUCGGCGUGCCUGUCUGCUUGGUAGUCGCGCUUGGACUGGUGUACGGAAGGCGGCCAUGGGCGGUCACUAUCGAUAUUUGGGACUAUGCAAGAGCCUGGCUCGAGGACCUUAAGCUGGUGAAACCCAAGAAUGAGAAGGCUGCGCAAAAACGAGCCAAGAUUGGCAUGGAAGAGCACAAAAUGGAGAAGAGCAGAUCUGUUGAGCAAGAGAGUUUGAAGAAAAGAGCAAGCCGAAAGAAUCGUGAUGAAGAAUAUGGUGACUGUUGA